AUGGCUUCCAAGGUGAUGAAUCAAAGCAUUUUCUUGGCAAUCAUAUGCAUUGCUUUCGUUUUGGCUUCAGGGGAAGCAACAAUAGAUGAAACUAGUUGGUUGUAUUGCUCAGCCAAGGGGCAUUGUCCAGAUGUCAAUGCUUGUAACCAGGAAUGCUUAGGUAGAUCCUUCCAUGGGGGUGCUGAGUGGCUGCUUUUUUUUGGCUCAACAAUGGGAGGGAAUGGCAACAAGGUCUUCACUUUGGCUGAGGUUUCUCAGCACAAUAAUGCCAAAGACUGUUGGCUUGUCAUUCAUGGCAAGGUUUAUAAUGUGACGAAGUUCUUGGAGGACCACCCUGGUGGUGAUGAUGUCCUGUUGUCUUCCACUGGGAAAGAUGCAACUAAUGAUUUUGAGGAUAUUGGUCACAGCACCAGCGCCGUGGCCAUGAUGGAUGAGUUCUAUGUUGGAGACAUUGAUACAUCAACUUUCCCCAACAAGUUUAAGUACACUCCUCCCAAACAACCUCACUAUAACCAAGACAAGACACCAGAGUUCAUCAUCAAGAUCCUCCAGUUUCUAGCUCCCUUGUUUAUCUUGGGUUUGGCAGUUGGUAUUCAUUUCUACACCAAAUCAACAUGA